CAAUUUCAUUCAAGCUCCCUCUCACUGACUUAUUCAGGCGGGGUUUCACCCGCAAGGUCCAAUAACCACACAGGUACAUGGCCAUUGAUUAAAUCACAGGAGGAAAAACAUCUGGGAUGAUUUCUUGAGUGUUUUCAUCAUAGCUACUGAUGAAUCACUAUCACCACACAAGAACAGGCUGGAGAACUCAUGGUGGCUCACUGCAUAAGAAAAUGUCACACAUCACCUUAACGUCAUGAAGAUGAUGAGAUUGUCAAGCAUACUAGUUCUGCUUUCAUGGUGGCCCUCUGCUGUCCCUCCUCCUCUUCCACAUGUAUCCAGGGACAUGAACUGACAUGAAAACAUGCACUAGAAAUAUAAUAUGUGUCUGGAUAGGAAAUAAAGAUGGAUGUGAGAAGCUCAAAAGUCAGAGGAAGAUGGGUGAGACAGAGAGGAAACAGAAACUAAAAAUGGGCGUUUGAUGUUUCAGCAAGUGCCCAUGGUGGAAAUUGAUGGGAUGAGGCUGGUACAGACCAGAGCCAUUCUCAACUACAUCGCCACCAAAUACAACCUCUAUGGGAAGGAUGCGAAGGAGAGAGCCCUGAUUGACAUGUAUACAGAGGGUAUUUUAGAUCUCACUGAGAUGAUGCUGCAAGUGGUCAUAAGUCUCCCAGACCAAAGAGAAGCCAAGAUCUCCUUGUUAAAAGAAAAGACCAAAAACCGGUAUUUGCCUGCCUAUGAAAAAGUCUUGAAGAGCCAUGGACAAGACUACCUUGUUGGCAACAGGCUGACCAGGGUGGACAUUCACCUGCUGGAAGUUCUCCUCUAUGUGGAAGAGCUUGACUCCAGCCUUCUGGCCCCUUUUCCCCUGCUGAAGGCCCUGAAGAGCAGAAUCAGCAGCCUGCCCAAUGUGAAGAAGUUCCUGCAGCCUGGCAGCCAGAGAAAGCCUCCGCCUGAUAUGAAAAAAAUUGAAGAGGCAAGGAAGCUUUUCAAGUUUUAAUAAAGCUGCAGUGACAGAGCCCACAGACACCAGUCACUGAUGUUAUUAAAUAAUAAAGAGCAAUUGUUCAUCUU